UUCCUCUCUGUGCUUUGUGUCCACAGGAAGGCGAGGAGGAGGAAUCACCCCGGGGGGAGAGAGUUUCCAAAGAAGUUUUUUGAUUUCUUCGGGCAUGCUAAAAACUUCCUGCUGAUCGACUUCUUUUUGCUCACUAAAUCCUCCUGCAGGAACAUCUUACAUUUCUCCAUCCCUUUCCAGGCAGUUCUCUUACUUCUCUGGGGGUGCAGUUUCAUCCACUGAAACCCAGCCACAUCCUGUGGGGAGUGGAUGGUUAGCCGUGGACCAUGGUCUCCAUCUGGUUGUUUUUGCUCCCUUGCCUGAGCCUUGUGAGUGUGUCGUCGGCUGAAAAGGGGCUAGAGUUUCCUAGGUAUGACGGGAAGGACCGUGUUAUCGACAUCAAUGAUAAGAAUUACAAGAAGGCCCUGAAGAAGCAUAGUAUGCUGUGCUUGUUCUACCAUGAACCAGUCGCGGACAAUAAGGAGUUGCAGAAACAACACCAGAUGACCGAGCUGGUGCUGGAGCUUGUAGCUCAGGUUAUGGAGGAGAAGGACAUCGGGUUUGGUAUGGUUGACUCGCUCAAAGAUGCAAAAGUUGCAAAGAAACUAGACUUGGAGGAGGAAGGAAGCGUAUAUGUUUUUAAAGAUGACAGAGUGAUCGAGUUCGAUGGUUUACUGUCUGCUAACACUCUGGUGGAGUUCUUGUUAGAUCUUUUGGAGGAGCCGGUGGAGAUCAUCGAAAAUGCUUUGGAGCUUAAAGCCUUUGAUAGAAUGGAGGAGGAUAUUCGUAUCAUUGGUUACUUCAAGAGUGAAGACUCUGAGCAUUAUGAAGCAUUUAAAGAAGCUGCAGAAAACUUUCAGCCAUACAUUAAAUUCUUCGCCACAUUUGAAAAAUCUGUGGCCAAGGAGCUCACCCUUAAGCUGAAUGAGGUGGACUUCUAUGAGCCCUUCAUGGAGGAGCCUGUCACCAUCCCAGGAAGACCUCACUCUGAGAAAGAACUGGUGGAGUUCAUUACUCAACACAGACGACCAACUCUGAGGAAGCUGCGUGCAGAAGACAUGUUUGAAACUUGGGAGGAUGACAUUGAGGGGAUACACAUUGUGGCCUUUGCAGAGGAAGAAGACCCUGGUGAGGAUGUAAAACAUUAUGAAAGAGCUGCUCAGGGUCAAAGACAUGCACCUGUAGGAAUAUUGAUGAUUAAAAGCAAUCAAACAAAUAAAGAGAAUACUUAUAGAACACUGAUAUAUACAAGGUAUCAAUGUAAGGGAAACUGAAAGUUUAAAGGUAUA